AUGUCUACACCUCCUCCUACGGGAGAUACCCCCAACCGAGUCUCCCCGGGAGGCUCGCAGUCUCGUCUCCAAGAGAGCAUUGGCCAGUCCCCCGAGACAACUGCUAUUGGUGUUCCGGCCUUCAAGCAGAAGCCGACCGUCGUGACUCUGGCUACAUCCAAGCUUGUCAAUCAGAACGGUCUUAAGGUUGGUUCUUCCGCCCACUAUCUGCCACCUCGCUCACAGCGUCGACAGAAGAAGACCAAUCAGGAUCCGAGCACCAUUGCUGGCACGAACCCCAUGGAUAUGUUGCUCGCCAAACUGUCGGAGCAGCAGGCCGCCCUCGACCAGCAGAAUGAAGCUCUGAAGAGCUCUGAUAACAACAACAGUCUGUACUCGCGCGGCUUUGACCAGGCUCCCUCAACGACUAAUUCCGUCCCCAUCAUCCCCGCGACGGAUUCGUUCCCUACGACUGCCCCCACGACCCGCCCAGCUAGUGCUUCCCUUAAGGAGAACCACGGCAACAUAGAGGAGGUUCUUCGACUCAAGGUGGAGCUUGCCCGGGCUCAGAACAAGAUCUCUCGCCUUGACCAUGAACUUGCCCAGUCGCGUUCCAUCAAGCAGGAACCUGACCUGAUGACCCAGCCGUUGAUUCGUCCCAACAUGCUUGGCCCUGAGAACACUUGGGGUCCCAAUGAUGACAGCUCUUCGGACGCUGGUGGUCCUUCUAUCGGCGGAUACGGCCGUUCUCGCCCGAUCUGGGGUAGCCAGCGAGGCCCCCCUGCUUUUGCCAACCACAGUAUGCCAGCCGCCCCUUCCGAUUCGCAGCCAGUUGGAGGUGACUGGUAUGGGAGCGGCCGUGGUGUCUUUAACCAGGGCUACAUUGAUUCUGCUGCCACCUACUCCAUGGCGGAUACCUACCGAGGUGAGCGCAUGAGCCAGGACACGGAUAUGUUCUCUCGUCCCCCUAGCAGCCGCCGAAACAAUCGUUUCGACAACAGCCGGUGGCCUUCCCCUCAGCCCUACGGCGGAUCCAACUUUGGCGGACACAACUAUGGCAAUUUCACACCCUCGCCUGCUCCGUUCGACAAUAUGGGCGGAGGCCCAGGCAGCGCCUCGGGAAACAUGGGUGCUGGCAUGUACCAAGGCUACAACCAGCAGCCCAUUGGCAGCCCACUCUCCCCUCACGCAACAGAGUUCACCACUGGUGACGGAUGGAAGACUGAGUCCAUCGCCACCGAGGGUCAGACGUAUCUUCCCACCACCGAGCCUCUCAACUACCGCCGGCUCUUGGAUCGCAAUGUCAACUGCAACUGGAAGUACAUUGUGGACAAGAUUGUCUGCAACAACGACCAGCAGGCGUCCAUAUUUCUGCAGCAGAAGCUCAAGGUCGGCACCCCCGACCAGAAGUAUGAGAUUGUUGAAGCCAUCGUCGCUCAAGCCUACCCUCUCAUGGUCAACCGCUUCGGGAACUUUCUCGUUCAACGUUGCUUCGAGCACGGAACCCCCGAGCAAGUCGUCAAGAUUGCUGAGGCAAUCCGCGGCAACACUCUCAGCCUUUCGAUGGAUCCUUUCGGAUGCCACGUUGUUCAGAAGGCGUUCGACUCUGUUCCCGAGGAGUACAAGGCCAUCAUGGUCCAUGAACUCCUUCGUCGAAUUCCUGAGACGGUCAUCCAUCGCUAUGCCUGUCACGUCUGGCAGAAGCUUUUCGAGCUUCGCUGGUCCGAGUCUCCUCCUCAGAUUAUGAAGUUCGUCAAUGAGGCCCUGCGAGGCAUGUGGCAUGAGGUCGCCCUGGGCGAAACUGGCAGCUUGGUUGUCCAAAACAUCUUUGAGAAUUGUCUCGAGGAAGACAAACGCCCUUGCAUUGAGGAGGUCCUUGCCAAUAUUGACAUCGUUGCCCACGGCCAGUUUGGAAACUGGUGCAUUCAACACAUCUGUGAGCAUGGCGCGCCGGCUGACCGCAGCCGUGCCAUCGACCACGUCAUUCGCUACGCCGCCGAGUACAGCACCGACCAGUACGCCUCCAAGGUCGUUGAGAAGUGUCUCAAGAUUAGUGGUGGAGAGUUUCUCAGCCGUUACCUUGACCGAGUUUGUGAGGGACGAGUUGACCGCCCCCGUAUUCCCCUUGUCGACAUUGCCAGCGACCAGUAUGGCAACUAUCUUAUCCAGUACAUCCUCACCCAUGCCGGCAUGCAGCACCGCGAGGUGGUCGCUGCCCACAUUCGCAAGCACAUGGUGUCUCUUCGAGGAUCCAAGUUCGGCUCCCGUGUGGGCAUGCUCUGCACCAACCCAGCUGUCGCGACCCGUCCCGGCCCUGGAGUUGGCCCUAGCAUGAACCGAAUGGGAGCUGGUCCUCGUUACAGCGGCGGUGCUGGCGGCUACCGUUAG